UAAUGGCUGCGUAAAAGGCGUUGAAGGUGGCUUGGCGCGAGGGAGCCGUGCGUUGUGUUUUUUUUCCUGGUAAUAUCCGCCUCAUCACCUUGGCCAGUCUCCAGCCAAUGCGGGGCAGCAAGGAGUGGCAGCAGCAGGGAUCCUUGCAGGCAGGGCCAUGAGGGGGAGAGGAGGCGCUGCUGCUGUGUCUUUAAGCUCCAGUGAAAUCCACCAGGGAGGUGCGGAGGGGGUGUCUGGGGACGCGCUCAGCCUGAUCAUUGUGUUAGUGCGCGCUUUACGCAGGCGGGACUUGGGACUCAUGUUAUUGCAGUGGAUGGGAUCUGGCGUGUCUUCCGUUUGUUUCUUUUUCUUUAUUGUAAGAGCACAGGAUGGUUGUUGUUGCAGUUGAGGCGCGUGGAAGAGAGUGAAAGGCUUCAUAAACCACCCAAUCAUGAGGUGCCACUGGGUUGUUUUUGCCUCACAUCUUCUUUUGCUGCCACUGAAAGUGUGGUGCGAGCCAGUCAUCUCCCCCAGCGGGCCUCACAUAGUGGUUCCCAAGAGGGGGAAGCUGGAGCUGCGUUGCCACGACAACACCACAACGCCUGGCGCCCCAUCCAGCUUGAGGUGGCAGUGGGAGAGGUCCCGCAGGCUGGAGGGCGAGGUGGAAGAUGGCGGAGUAGCUUAUGUCAAGGUGCCAUCGGUGCAGGGCUUCCACAUGGGCCGUUAUGUGUGUGUCAACAACAGCACACUGGAACACAGCUCCAUCUACGUUUACGUGAAAGAUACCCAGAAUGCCUUCCAGCGCACCAUGGUGAACGUCAUCCUGGUGCGUGCAGGUGAGGACUGCACCAUCCCCUGUCUUGUGACCGACCCUGAGGUCACACUCCUGGCGUUGGAGACCUGCGAUGGACGACCUCUGCCCCUUGAUAUGAGUUUCCGCAGCAACCUCCAGCGAGGUGUCAUCAUCAGCAACGUGAGAAAGGAAUAUGAGGGCUGUUACGUUUGUGUGGGACAGCUGCAUGGACUCAAAGUGACAUCUACCCAAUACACUGUGGAUGUACGACUUGUUCCGUUGGUGCCUCCGGUGAUCACGCUGUCCCAGAAAGACAUCGUCAUCUUGAGGAAGGGAGAGCAGUUUGCUCUGACCUGUAGCUCCACCAACGUCAACCCAGAGUUCAGCCUCAAGUGGAACUUCCCUUCAUCAGCGCAUCCUAAUGAAUCUCAGGCCUCGCACAUCCUGUCCGGCUCCCGUGGUUAUCAACGCGGCACGACGCUCUUAAUCACAGGCGUCGACCAAUCAGACUCAGGCACCUACCGCUGCUACGCCCACAAUGAGAGAGGCUCCAGUGAUGUAAAGCUGCAGCUGGACAUCCGUGAUCAGGGGUUCAUCACCAUGAAAGGAAGUCCAGGUCCGGUCCAGGCGGAUGUCAAAGAGGGGGAGAGCCUGAGCCUCAGAGUAGAAUUAGACGCCUACCCUUCACCCAGCUCUCUGUCCUGGUCUUACAACGGCAAGCGGCUCCUCAACACCACGGAGCACGUCAUCACCAUCCACCACCGCAAAUACAGAUACAUCAGCGAGCUGAGACUGGUGAGGGUCCUCGGCUCGGAGGGCGGGAUCUAUAAGUUCUCAGCCAGUCACGAGGAUGCAUCUGUCGAUCAUUCAUUCCACGUAUACGUCAGCAGUAAGCCUGUUAUCAUUGCUCAGGAGGGGCCUGUUGAUGGACAGGUGCGCUGCAUAGCUGCAGGUUAUCCAGUGCCGAAAAUCACCUGGUAUUUCUGUGAGCUGCCCCACACCAGGUGCUCACACCUGCCGAAUGCCACCCAAUCGGAGACUCCGGAUGUUGCCAUGGUGACAGAGUCCUCGUUUGGUAGGAGCGAGGUCGAGAGCCGACUGAACGUUAGCAAGGAGCACGCACAUUACCACACCCUGGAGUGUGUGGCGAGUGCGGAGGGGGAAGAGGCCUACACGCUGUUCUCCAUCAGUGAACGCAUCGUCCCCCAUAAACUCUUCACUCCUCUUCUCACCGGCAUGGUGACGACUGGCAUCUUACUCAGCCUCAUUCUGCUGGUGCUCCUUUAUAAGUACAUGCAGAAACCAAAGUUUCAAAUCCAGUGGAAGGUCAUCGAGAGUAUCCAUGGCAACAAUUACAUAUAUAUUGACCCGACGCAGCUGCCGUACGACUCCAAAUGGGAGUUUCCUCGACAGAAGUUGCGCUUUGGUAAAACCCUGGGCUCUGGGGCCUUUGGAAAGGUGGUGAGGGCCACAGCGUACGGACUCUGCUCUGCAGAUACUGUUACAACUGUCGCUGUUAAGAUGCUCAAACCCAAUGCUCACUCCACGGAGAAGGAGGCGCUGAUGUCAGAGCUGAAGGUCCUGAGUUACCUUGGAAACCACGUGAACAUCGUCAACCUGCUGGGAGCCUGCACUGUCGGAGGCCCAAUUUUGGUGAUCACGGAGUACUGUUGCUAUGGCGACCUCCUCAACUUCCUGCGCCGAAAGCGAGAGUCCUUCCUCAAUUCCCAAGUUGGUGAUGGUUACUAUCGCAACGUCUUAAACCGAACUGAGUCUACAAGCAGCAAGGUGGCCGGUACAGGAUACAUGCCGAUGCGUCCCUCUGAGAAAGAACGGUCCUCACAGUCAGAUGAUGUAGAGGAGCUGUCUCUGGACGCUGAAGAUCUCCUCAGCUUCUCCUACCAGGUGGCCAAAGGGAUGGAGUACAUCACUUCCAAGAAUUGUAUUCACAGAGAUCUGGCAGCCAGAAACAUUCUGCUGACUCACGGCAGGGUGGCUAAGAUCUGUGACUUUGGGUUGGCACGAGACAUCACCACUGAUGCCAGCUACGUGCUGCGGGGAAAUGCUCGUCUGCCGGUCAAAUGGAUGUCUCCAGAGAGCAUCUUCGACUGUGUCUACACCUUUGAGAGUGAUGUGUGGUCCUAUGGCAUCCUGCUCUGGGAAAUCUUCUCCCUGGGUAAUAGCCCGUACCCAGGGAUGCAGGUGGGCUCAGAAUUUUAUAGGAGGAUUCAAGAGGGCCACAGGAUGACUCGGCCUGAAAUUGCUCCCGUUGAGUUGUAUGACAUGAUGCUGUCUUGUUGGAACCACGAUCCUCUGAAGAGGCCGUCCUUCAGGAAACUGGUGGAGAGGACUGAACUACUACUGUCCGAAAACACCAAGAACGUAAGUGUACCUGACGCUGAGUAACGCACCGGGUCGUUCAGAGCAGCAGAGGGCGUCCUCACGGAGGCUGAGCUCUGUCUGCAGCACCACAGCACCCACCCAGCCUUUACUGCAGAGCACGGCUGACGUCUUCCUGGAUUACGUCUAACACACGCACGCACACACACACACACACUAACAUGCACUUACACAAAGCUAAGAAAUCCACAACCCCCUCCUCCCUCAUCAUUUUGUCCUUUUACUGCACAAAGUACAUGAGCCAAACACACUGUAGGCUACUAACAUGUUCACUCAUACUAACGCUCCAAUACUGGCCUUCCUGCCACACACACACACACACACACACACACACACACACACACACACACACACACACACACACACACACACACACACACACACACACACACACACACACACACACACACACACACACACACACUGUAUAUAUACAAUGCUGCACUGAGCUCCAAGUAUUGACCUCUAUCUAAUCUUCCCAUUGGCGUAUUGAUCUCUGUGGUAGGUAUUUUAGGUGCAUGUCUAUAUCAAGCAGACUCGAGCACUGACCAUCAGAUACAUCAGCAGCGGGAGACAUUUUGGCUCACAUUCAGCCUUUGAUCACAUCUUUAAAUGCUUUGGGGACAACAGACAGCAGAGUUGUGGCUUUGAAUACUGUGACUUAUAUGAAACUAAUUGGUGUUUUGCUGUAUAUGUAUUUUAGGGAUAGCUUUAGUUUGGUCUCUUUAGCGAAGCCACUGUGGCCACGUGACCGUGUGCUCUUUUUACUUGAUUUAUGUCAAACAUGUAUGCAAUGUAAAUACAAUAGAGAUGUGCCUUUAGAUUUUUGUUUUUGUUUUGAAACACUGAAUGAUGCAUUUGGUAAUGACACAGUUGUUGUGGUGAGGGCAGCCAAAGCAGAGCUAAUGUACACUGGUUUUGAGGUUCUUGCAGUUUUGAUACAGUUGGUUGACUUGUGAUAAUAAAGUACCUGUGAUGGUAGAACGACUGGA